UUCACUGGCGUAUAUAUAUUCACUGUUCACAGUCACCAACAUCUCUCUGGCAGGAGAGAACCAUGAUUUUGAAAACUCUGGCAAUCAGUGUCGCGUCUUUUGUCGCUGCUUUACAUUUUGCUAAUUCACAGAUUUUCGAUGUUGGACUUUGCAUUUCACCCACCGCAACUUGCACUGCUCUGAGCGAAUGUCGACUAAUAGCUGAAUUGAUGGACAGACAAUGUCUUGCUGCAGGAAGACUCCGAGAUAUGACCUGCGGCUAUUCAAAUGUAACAAGCCAACCACUGGUUUGCUGUCCUAGCAAGGACACAGCGCUUACACAGCCAGGGUCUGUACCCAAUUACACAAAUCCUGGUGGCGACGACGAUGGUAACGACCCUUCAACAGGCGGGGUGAACACCGGCAGCUCGGAAACCGACGGUGGGUCCACUGGCAGUACUGGAAGUGGUGGCCUGCCCAUUUUCAACGUCUGCGGCCUGCCCCAACUGAUCGUGGGCGUUCCUUCAAGGGUGCCCCUGCAGGCAGGGCCCACUAGACUUGGGGCACAACCCUGGGUGGUGCGGCUUGGACACAGGAACAUUUAUACAGGGGUGACGGAAUUCUACGGUGCUGGAGUCAUUAUAACCGAAAGACACGUUCUAACCUCAGCUCGUAAUCUGAAUUUAAAAGGCAACAAUUUUCGUCUGACAACUGUACGCGUGGGCGAGUACGACACAACUGCCAAUCCUGACUGCUCCCAGUCCUUUUGCGCCAUUCCGGCCAGGGACAUCGCUAUUUCAAAAACUGCAGUUCACCCGAAUUAUGAUGAGUCAUCCUCCUUUAACCAUGACAUUAUGGUCAUCUAUUUGCAGUCCGCAAUCAACUUUACAAUCAAUGCCCAACCUGUUUGUGUCUUGACGCGCACGUCUGCUUACCUAGUUGGACGCCGGGCGUUGGUGGUUGGUUUCGGUCGACUGGCAGGUUUCCCUCGAGUUCAAUCGGUGCAGCAAGCCCUCGAGGUGCCCAUCGUGCAGAGCUCGACGUGCCAGAAUUUCUACAGCAGCGCAGCGACCCCCUUGGACAACAGGCUUUGCGCAGGUGGCGAACUGGGAAGGGACAUGUGCCAGGGCUUCAGCGGUGCUCCGCUUUUAGUGAGGGCUGGUGGAGUUGGAGCGUAUUUUUUGGCUGGAAUCAGGUCAUUUGGCUCCGACCAGUGUGGGGCUGCAGGAGCAGUCAACGUUUACACUCAGGUGUCUCGCUACACUGCGUUUAUCAGGAGCCACUUGGAUUGACAACUUAAUCUCGUUGCAAUAAUUUGAGAGUAAAAAAUAAAUUAAAUUAGCUCA